AUGGCAGAUCGCUGUGUCAAGCCCGAUGACAACCUUCUCAAGCAGAUCUUCACUCACCUACCAGAGACCAUUUCAAUCUUUCUUCAGAAUUGGGAUAAAUGUGUCUUCAAAGCGGAAUUUCUUUCUGAUUCCGGAUAUAACUACUCUGCAUGUGUAGUCCGUCUAGAGGCUGAGAGCGAGGAUCUCAAAACGUUUCCUACAAUUGCUGCUCUACAACAAAUCGCUGCGACCGUCGUCCCUAAACUUGUCCCACAAACCUUUCAAGUCGGCAAGGCGGAAAAUCUGCAAGGAAGAAUAUUCGACUUCUCAGUGACUGAGUUUGUGGAAGGGGAUCUCUUGGAAGAUGUGUGGCAACAAAUGAGCACCGAGGAGCAGAGCUCUGCUGUAACUGAGAUUGUCGAAGCACUCGAGAAGUUCCACUCUAUUCUGCCGAGUGAUAAGGGAGUCAAAGAAAUCCUUGAAAAGACGCUUCGUGAAGAAGAGGAGUUGAAGAGUUCCGAACUGCCUCAGUCUUUCGGGGGCCCCCAUACAGGAAUUUUGAAUAACGGGCUUGGUUUAUUGGGCGCUAUGAUAGAAAGGCGAAAGCUCAAGAAACCAUUCUGUUGCAUGGAGCCACUUGUUGAUUCACAAGGCAUCAGGAUUCGGUCCAGUUUUGAAGAGCUUGGGUCGACAGUCAUCAAUAAUUCCGCUAUUGAGAAAUGGCCAGGGGAAGCCGUACUUUGCCACAACGAUCUCAAUCCACGCAAUCUGAUCCUCCGAUCAUGUGUCACCUCAGAUGGUAAAUCCGAAUACAAAUUGGCCGGCAUCAUUGAUUGGGAACUCGCCGGAUUCUACCCAGCUUCGUAUGAGUUGAGUAUGCAAGAUACAUACCUGGGCAAUGCCAAUCGACAUGUAUCAUUCUAUAUGCUAUUGAAACAGAAGAUGAGAAACUUGGUACCACGAUCCUCAUCCCAGAUGAUACUUUCACAAGCCAUGGAGCUCGUCUUUGAGUCCCAGCAGAGGCUGUUAUUAGACGGCAAUAACAUCGGGGCUCACAUUCGGAAGAGGUUCAUCGAGUACUUAAUGUUGGAGCUUGAUGAUGAUCCUUGUAUUGGUUGGACAAGAAGCCCACAGGCUGGACCGCUUCUUGAAUACUCUAGCGCUGCUUUUCAAAAAUUGGAAAAUGAUGUGAUUGAGGAAAUGGUUGCAAAAAGAAAAGCAAAGGCAACAUGA